AUGUACUCCUCCUCAUACAAAUUUACAACAAAUACAAUCAGGAAGCUUGAGCAGGUUUCCCAAAGUGCUUGUCUUUCAUCCUCUAUAAUUCCUGCUGCAUUGUUGCGGGGGCACAGAGAGACACUUGAGCAGGGAGAAAGGAGUUUUAAUAGAUUUGGAGGGUGGCUGGGAAAGAACUCAGCAUUAGGGAAAAAUCUUAGGCUCUUGGAAGAUUUGCAUGUCCAUCUUCUUACUUCUCGUGAAUCUAGUUCGGGGAGGGAAACACUGCAAGUUGAAUACCUUUCUCUUCUUCUGAAGCGCUUGGCCGUGCCGCUCCACGAACUGCCUAAGGAUGAAGCUGUGCAGGAAGUUGUGGAGUUCAUGAAUGCUUACUCCAUUGGUCAGGAUGACUUCGAUACUAUUGUGGAGUUAUCCAAAUAUCAGGGGCACCCAAAUCCGCUAGAUGGCAUACUACCUGCUGUAAAAGCUGCUUUGACAAACGCAUACAAAGAAGGAAGCAAAACAAGGAUGGUACGAGCUGCAGAUUUGUUACUAUUGCUGCAAUGAAAAAGGCCCCUAAGAAGUGGAUUGCUGCCCUUUUAGAACCAUCUGAUGAUGUAACUGGAGAGAACAAUGACGAUACAUAGGUUCAGAGUGAAGAUGAAAAUUCGUCAGAUGCAGAG